AUGAAGAAAGUUUCUGGCGACAGUCCCCCGUCCUACGAUCAGAUCGAUCAGCAACCUGAGGCGACCAUUCCACCUUUAGACCUCGCGUCAAGCGCUGGGCCGGCCCUCUACACUACGGUGACUCCGGAUGAGUGCGUUGCCCAUCUCAAGUUUUUAGCUGCCCUUGCCGACCUGCGCGACACGAUCGGUGGCAUCAAGGAUCUGUUCUGUAUCCGUGACCCCAAUCCAAGCGUUUUCGAGCAACUGAUCGACGAGGCGCGGGCUCGAGUGAAAGAGAAACGAUGGGCUGUGUAUACAGCCCGAGCCGUUGAGCGCUAUGCAGUCUGGUGGAAGACAUGCGUUGCUCCCACCCAUUCAACGAUCAGCGUCGAGGACUUUCACAGCAAGAGCUACAACACCAUUACUGAAAACCAUAAACAGCUCGUGUGGUCCCCGGAAAAACUACCUCCUCUUGAUGUUCUAAUGGUCUGGCAUGCCCAUAUGUUGAACCCUAGGUCCUUUCUCGAGGAUUGCCUUCGGGAUGGAAAAAUGAGUUUCUGGGCGACCGGCUUUCCCUGGAAAGCCAUAAAUGCCUGCAUCGGAAACAAGAACUUCGAAUACGAUCCAGGUCUCAAAGCGAGGUCUACGUUCACAGCGAAGACGGGGUUUGCGUGGGACAAUUUACAUAACUCGUCGAAGGUGAUGGUGAAAUGUCCCUCCUGCACAGGCCGCGUGCCUGUUCAUUGGACUGAAGGAGUGGUCACUGGACCGGUGGGCAAGAUGUUCGAAGAUUGGACGGGGUUCGCGGACAAGGGCUUUAUAAAAGCAUGCCCGCAAUGCGGCUAUGAAAUCGACCAUGAAAAAUUGAGGGUCGAAAAAUUCAGACAGGAUAUUGCCAGCCUAGUCGCGAUGGAUAUACCUAUGCCCGGCGCGUUAUUCAACAAUCGAGGUCACCCGGAGUCCAUCAAGGAUCCAAGAAGCAGGCGCGAGACUCAGUGGUGCUUCCCUAAUCGCCUGGUCAAAGCCAUUAGUCGUGAACUGCUGUGGUACACCGAUGCCAGUUCGAGGCAAUGCAAAUCUGUAGGAGACCUGCGAAACAAGAUCAUAUCCAGGCUCCUCGACAAAAAGGUCAUGCGUGAUAGCAACAGCAAUCGCCUCCUGCUGCCAAUCGAGAAGAUGGCCUUUCGCCGAAUGAUGUCCCGCUACUGGGACAACCUCAGUCCAUUCGCCCUGGACUUGGUCGGGGCUGUCAUUCGACAGGGGACCUUUGUGCAGAAAAUGGACAACAUCGACUGGCUUCACUCGCCGACAGUCAAGGCUACCAUGGGGCGACUGAUCAAGAAAUACCGCGUAUUCUUCCAGAUCAUGGCAGCCAACCCACGACAUAUGGCGGUCCCCACUCUCGAUGUCGAUCUCGCCUGGCACACGCACCAACUUUCUCCGUCGAGAUACUAUACAUAUUCUCUCCUCACCACCAACGAAGCGCGUCGGUACCCCGUUUUCAUUGACCACGACGACAAAGUUGACGAGGAAAAGCUCUCGGAUGGCUUCGAAUGGACCAGCAAAAUGUAUAAGAAACUCACCGCUGGGGAAAUCUACAGCGAAUGUACCUGCUGGUACUGCGAAGCCAUUCGCGCCCCAUACAUGCGCGACGGUCUCUUCGUCACCAGCGCUACGUCCAGGGCCCGCGAGGAGGCUGUCAAACUGCACGAUCGGCCCGAUAUUUCGUCUCACCCGGACAAAAAUCCGCAUAUCUCUACACAUAAUGCUGUCCGACCCACGACAACAACUAACCACGUCGAUUCCCGACAAGUCAAGUUCCUGAAGCUGCGCAGUAACUACGAAAAGGCCCGUCGUCGCGCCGAGAAGCGGGAGUCCAAGGACGGCAAGAAACGCGAGCAGCGGGCGGCGGACGAUGGCCUUGCGUAUGUUCCCGUCGUAUGGGGCUUCCCGGUCAUGGUCCCAUACUACGCGCCGUAUGAAUGCGAUCCUGGCGUUCAUUCUGGCGCCUACGCCGCGGAUCCGAGCUGCAUGAACACCGUUCCGGGGGCGUAUGGGAGCUGCGCUGCCGGAACCUGCGGGGGUGUAGCCGCGGCUGGGAGCUGCGCUGCGGCAGGUGGCUGCAGCGGUGGUGGUGGUUGCGGUAGUGGUGGGUGCGGAGGAGGAGGAGGAUGUGGAGGAGGCGGCGGCGGCGGCGGCGGCGGCGGCGGCGGCGGCGGAGGGUGUGGUGGAGGCGGAGGAGGUUGUUAA